AUGGACGAUCCUGGCAGCGUGCGGAGCUUGCUCGCACAGCUGCGUGCACAACAAGACACUCCGCCUUCACCACCACCGCCCGAGUCUACACAGCGACGUACAUGGGUGAGAGACGAGCGUACACAGCAUGUAUACAACCCAUGGGAGCCGGCAAUACCACGCCAAAAAGCACCCUCGCCGUCUCGCGAUUUGCGUGCGAUGCGGUUUGCCGAGGCACUGCCGAUCGUAAAGGCCAAGGCGAGCGAUUUGGCGUUUCGCACGUGCGCUGCCAAGCUGCGCGAAGAGCAGCAUGCGCUUGAACGCACAUUGGCGCACGAGCGCACAGAGCUGAUCGGGGAGGACGGUGCGAGGCUACAUGGACACGCCGGCGCAAAGACCCAGGCGCUUCACGCACAGUGGGCGUGGGAUGCACUCAAGCGCUGGGAUGCGAUGCAGCAUCCCGACGCGCUUGCCAUGCAGCGGCGCAUGGCGCAUAUCCUAGAGCGUCUCAUGGAAGACGCAUGA